UCGAGCUAGCAGCAUCUGGUCGUAGGGUGAGAGAGGAGAAGAUACCUUUAUCUGUCAGUCUAGGGCGAGCAAGCAAGCAAGCUAGCAAGGAAGAGGAGGAUGCAGAGGUACACGGCGAGCGAGAUAUGGCAGAUGGAAGAUUGCCAGAGCCCGCGCAUGGGGUGCAGCGUCGUACUCGGCGUCGACGGAGGCGCCAGUAACACCGUCUGCGUCUGCAUCCCGGCCGCCAUGCCCUUCGCCGACCCGCUCCCCGUCCUUUCCCGCGCCAUCGCCGGAUGCUCCAACCAGAACUCCGUCGGAGAGGACAGGGCGAGGGAGACGCUGGAGCGAGUGAUGGCGCAGGCGCUGCUUAAGGCUCGCCGGAAACGGUCCAACGUGUCCGCGGUCUGCUUGGCCGUAGCCGGUGUCAACCACCCCAUUGACCAGCACAGAAUGCUGGGCUGGCUCAGGGAGAUUUUUCCGAGCCAUGUCACGCUGUUCGUCGAGAACGACGCUGUGGCAGCGCUGGCGAGCGGCACCAUGGGCAAGCUCCACGGCUGCGUGCUCAUCGCAGGGACAGGGACCAUAGCCUAUGGCUUCACCAAUGACGGAAGGGAAGCCCGGGCAGCUGGUGCAGGGCCAGUGCUUGGUGACUGGGGCAGCGGAUAUGGGAUUUCUGCACAGGCAUUGACAGCAGUUGUAAGGGCCUAUGAUGGCCGUGGUCCUGAAACAAUGCUCACAAACAAUAUCCUCGACUUCCUCGGCCUCGCGUCACCAGACGAACUGAUAGGCUGGACAUAUGAAGACCAAUCUUGGGCGCGCAUUGCUGAUAUUCUCCCUGUUGUGGUAGAAUCUGCCGAAGCCGGCGACGAAGUAGCAAACAAGAUCUUGCACAAUUCAGUUGGUGAACUAGCUUCCAGUGUUAAGGCUGUGGUUCAGAGACUUGCGCUGAGUGGGGAAGAUGGAAAAGAUCUAUUUCCACUGGUUCUGGUUGGUAAGGUUCUUGAGGCAAACAAGAAGUGGGACAUUGGAAAAGAAGUGAUAGAUUGUGUUACCAAGACUUAUCCAGGGGCCUAUCCGAUACACCCCGAGGUCGAACCAGCUGUUGGUGCUGCAUUACUAGCAUGGAAUGCUAUAGCAAGUGAACCAGAUGGUGAUCUUAGGCCUGUUGUUUAGAGCGUCCAGCUCUUGAAUCUCAUACCACAUUCAUGUAAACUUAUGUUUGUAUCACAAUCGCCUAGUAGUGUUUUGCAUUUGUUUUAGCAAGUUGUUUUGGAUAUGCGGUAAUGUCUAAGAAGAAGGUUUAUAUCAAAAAUAUGUGAAAAGGAAAGAAAGAAUACUAGUUUAGCUGUAAGUUUGUGCAAUAAAAAAAAAUGAAGAUGCUUAUGUGAGCUCUUGCUCUGAA